UGUUGUAAAAUUAACCACUGUUAGACUUCUUCUUGCUAUUGCUACUACAAAACAUUGGUUUUUAGAACAACUUGACAUUAACAAUGCUUUUUUACAUGGAGAUCUUUUAGAAACUAUAUAUAUGCAGCCCCCACCAGGAUAUCUUCUUCCAGGUGAUACAAGAGUCUGUAAAUUACAGAAAAGCCUAUAUGGCCUUAAACAUGCUUCAAGACAAUGGUAUUACAAACUAUCAGAAUGUCUUCAAGAUGUUUAUACUAAAGCCCUUGGAAAUCCACUGUUUAAAGAUUUUACUGUCAAGAUGAACCUGUUGGAUAUUCAUGCUCAUCUUGAGGGGGGGUAUCAAGGAGGUCAAAUUAAUGAAGACCAAGAGCUGAAGGACUAAACUGCAAAUAUUAGUCUUUUAUUAUCCUAUUCUAUUUUUAGUAUUAGAUAUAAAUAAACUGUAAAAUAGCCUAAGACCUAAUUUUUUGAUUUCUCUCGAUUCAUCUUCUUCUUCUCUGAAGAGAGCUUUCGUUUUCUUCUUCUUCUCUGAAGAGAGCUUUCGUUUUCUCUGAUUCCUUACAAUCCAAAUA